AUGGAUGCAGCUUUAGGAGAAGCCUUGUCAGUUGUCAAGGGGUGUAAAAGUGGUGAUAGCCACUGGAAAAACUCGGCCGACUGUAAUAAAUAUUCUCAAGAUGGUAAAUUUGGAUGGAAAAGAUGGAAUUGUUUCGGAGUUCUCUCCGGGAGUUUUUGUACAGGUGUUGCUAUGCCCUGUCCUUUCAACACGUCUAGCAACAAUCUUAUCAGUAUAUAUUUUAUCAAGAGAAUGGGUUUGCAUGUCGUUGGCAGACAAGGUCUAGAAAUAUAUAGAAGGAAUUUGGAUAUAAAUAUUUGCAGAGAGGAUGUGAACGGCUAUCCCAUUAUUAUUGUGUAUCAGAUAAUGGCUAUUGGCGAUGGCGAAAAUGAUGUGGAGAUGCUGGAGUUGGCUUCUUUAGGCAUUGCGCUUAGUAAUGAAUCUGAAAAGGCUAAGGCUGUUGCGAAUGUAAUAGACAUAAGCAAUGAUGAAGAUGGAGUUGCCGAUGCAAUAUAUCGGUAUGCAUUCUAG